AUGCCGCCUUGGAGCGGCGACGUUCCCCCGGGAUAUAUUGACCCCAGCCUACUCUACCUCGGUGUCGACGGCCAAGUAUACCUUCGCACCCAAGAAGGAGCACACCCAUCUGAGGCGGAUCAGAGUUCAUCUCACGAAAGCGUCUCUUCAUUUAAUACCGACACCAACAGUGGUAACGAACACCGCGCCUACCGCGUUAACCAACUCGACGACGCAGCGCAGGGUUUCAAUUGGAGCAUGGACGCGGUCUUUGCAUAUGACGCCCAAAUUCGCACCGAACAGGUCCGCCGCCACCAACGGACUAUCGAAAUUGCUCGUCAGAUCUACGCAGCACGAGUCGAACAAGCCCCCCGCCCUGGCGACUUGUACUACGAUACUCCGGCCGAAACUAGAGUCAUCCCAUGGCCUGCAUCGGAGAGGUCACUCAGUGAUGUGAUUGAACUUCUACAAUUUGAGAAAAGUAUCACCCGUGUGGGAUGUCAGAGGUGGGAGGUGAUUAGAGCGUGGCUUGGAUGGGCGGUGGCUUCAAAAGAGAAGAGGCAUACGAUUCAGCUGGACCAAAUAAGAAAUGUGUACCGUUUCAUGGAUCAAGGGAUCGACGACAGUGAUCGAGCAGAUCAAAUAGAUACCGAUGGUAUCGAAGAUUUCAAAAUGGAAGUGGACGGAUCUGAGGCUGAGGAGAGGAAUCCCGCCGUGGCAGACGGCAUUAUUACCGAACAGCCAGAUAUUGGGAGACAGGUCUCAUUGAGCUUACUUCAAAACUCCCCACGACAGGACGAAGACAACCCAUCUUCCAGCUUCACUCCCCAAUGA